AUGCGGGCUAUCGUAAAUAUACAUAAUGAGGAGAUUCUAGCCCGGAAAUAUCGAAUUAGACUACGGAGAAUAGAUACACCAGAAAGCUCAAUGCCUUAUGGGAAAGAGGCGAAAGAGGAACUGAUUAGAUUGGUUGUGGAGAAGUCUUUGAAAGUUUUGAUCUUUGAUGAAGACCGUUAUGGCCGUUGUGUUGGUGAUAUCUAUUGCAAUGGUGUCUUUGUCCAGGAACGGAUGUUGAAGAAAGGACUUGUGUGGCACUAUGGAGCUAAUGGCAAACGACCGGAGCUAGAAAAGUGGGAAAAAGAUGCUAGAGAUAAGAGAAUUGGGUUGUGGGCUUCAGCAAAUCCUGAAAAACCAUGGGAGUGGAGGAAGAAUUGUCGUGAACAAAGAUAAAUUAUAAGUUAGCCAUAAAACUCAGUUGAAAAUAACCAUUUUUAUGAGAAAACAAAGAGGUGUAAAAAUGUAUCCAUAUGUUUAUUACAUUCUAAAUUGUUUUAUAAAAAAAUAGUUAAAUAUUGUACUUUUUGUAACUGAAUUAUUAGUAGUUGGGUAUGAAGAGAUGGAUCGUUAAUGUA